AUGUGGCACGCACUCACACAGAUCAUCGCUGCAUCCAGCUGUGUGGGUGUGAUCAGUGCGUUCCACUCGGGCAUGGGUGGUGGCGGGUUUGCGCUGAUCAAGACGCAGGGCAACGACCCUGUAGUGCUGGACUACCGCGAGACGGCGCCAGGCGCGGCGCAUCGCGAUAUGUUUGUGGGAAAGCCGAUGAAUGCAUCGCUGUGGGGCGGUUUGGCCGUCGCAGUGCCGGGCGAGGUGCGUGGCUGGGAACAGCUCCACCGCCUGUAUGGGCGCCUGCCAUGGGCAGAGAUCCUCGAGCCUGCCAUUUACAUGGCCAAGAAUGGGUUCCGUGUCCCAUCGGAGCUGUACAACAAGAUGAAGUGGCUCGGGGACCGGCUUUGCAUGGCCCCACAUCUGGCGCCUGUCUACUGCCCGGGCGGGCGGCUUUGGCAGCAAGGCGAACUGCUGCGGCGCGAGAACCUGGGCUCGACAUUGGAGCGCAUUGCGCAGCAGGGCGCGGACGCCUUUUAUACUGGAAGCAUCGCGCAGAACACGGUCGAUACAGUUCAGGCCGCCGGAGGGAUACUCACGCUGGAGGACCUGCGCGAAUUCCGGGUCCUCAUUCGCGAUGCACACUCGGUGGAGUACCGCGACAAGUACCGCGAGUGGACAACGAGUGCGCCUAGCUCAGGCGCCGUGCUGCUAUCGAUCUUGAAGACGAUGGAGCACUUCCCAGACACACCCUACGACGUGGACGAUGUCCUCCAUACGCAUCGGCUCAUCGAGGCAACCAAGUUCUCGUACGGAGAGCGCAGCAUGUUUGGCGAUCCCGCGUUUGUCAAGAAUGUGACCAAGCUCGAGGCGGUGGCCAUCCGAGACGAUAUUGGGCGGGCUCGCCAUAAGCGCAUCUGGGACGGCGGCGUGCACCCGGUAGAAGACUACAAUCCUGAGCAUUUCCUGGCAAAGGAGGACCAUGGGACGUCGCAUCUGAGCGCUGUCGACGAGCACGGCAUGUCGAUUUCCCUCACGACUACUGUCAAUGGCUACUGGGGCAGCACGCUCCUCACGCCCGAUGGGAUUCUGCUCAACAACGACAUGGACGAUUUCUCGUCGCCCGAUCGCUCGAACCUGUUUGGGUACGUGCCAACCCCGGCCAACUACAUUGCACCGCGCAAGCGGCCGCUCUCGUCCAUGUGUCCGUUUAUGGUGCAGAGCAAGGAGACGGGCGAGAUGGAGCUUAUCGCUGGCUCUGCGGGCGGCUCGCGAAUCAUUACGGCGAACCUGCUCAUGGCCUACACGUACAUGUCCCACCACGGGGAUGUGUCCAUGCAGGACGUGAUCAACCGGCCGCGCUGGCACGACCAGAUCCAGCCGGAGUGGACCCUGUUCGAGCGGCCCAUCGACGCACUACCGCACUUUCCCGGGUAUAACAACGAAACGGUCCGCGCCUUGGAGCGCCUGGGCCAUGUGCCCGUGUACAUGGAGCCUGGCACGUCGACGUCCCAGGCGAUUCAGCGCUCGCCGGCGGGUGACUUUCAGACUGCCUCGGAGCUGCGGCAGUGGGAGGCGCGCGGUGCUGCAGUCUAG